UUAUUCCUCGGCUGGGAUUGUGUAGAGCCCUUUGAAGCUGCAUUGAAACUGCAUUUUUAACCUUCAAUCCGUUGAGCACCAUUGAAGUCCAAUAUGGAGAAAAAUACUGGAAUGUUUCCUCAAAAACCUUAAAUGGUUCGCGACUGAAGAAUGAGAGACAUGAACAUCUUGGAUGAAAUGGGGGUUCCUGUGCAGGAAUUAAACUCAAUUUCUUGUAAGAGUGAAGAGGAGGACUCAGAAGAGACGAAUCAGGAGAUUGUCAGCCCUGAGAGCUACAUCAAACACCCCUUACAGAACAGAUGGUCUUUAUGGUUCUUCAAAAAUGACAAGAGCAAAACAUGGCAGGCCAAUCUCAGACUGAUCUCCAAAUUUGACACAGUAGAGGAUUUCUGGGCGUAAGACUGAUUUUGUUUUUACAAGAGA